AUGUCUGAUCAGAAUUACUACUGGACAGUCUUGCCCAGCUACAAAACAAGUUUUGUGACUGGGGCCAUGAUGAAAAGAUCGAAAAGUUGCCGAAACAGCAAAAGGGGUCUGGCGGUCGGGACCCCCUCGCCGUCACUCUCCCGACCACUCUCACCUCUCCCCCUUGCCACAGGUAGUAGUCCCCAAGAAAGCCCCAGAAAUGUCUCUGCCAGUGCCACCGCCAACUUCCAGUUUGCGCGCAGAGCGGAUGGGCGGAGAUGGUCUGUGGCCUCCGUUCCGUCGUCUGGCUAUGGAACCAACCCCCCCAGCUCCUCAGUGUCUUCCUCCUCCUCCUCCCAGGAGCUCUUGCACCAGCUGCCCUUCCAGCCCACGGCAGAUGAGCUUAAUUUCCUGUUUAAACACUUCCGGAGCACAGAGAGUUUGGCGGACGAGGAAGGGCAGCCCUCAUCCCUUGUGAGGCUCCGCUCCCGCAGUCUUAGCCCUGGUCGGACAUGCGGCAGCUUUGAUAAUGAGAUUGUAAUGAUGAAUCACGUUUACAAAGAGCGCUUUCCCAAGGCCACAGCUCAGAUGGAGGGGCGUCUGCUGGACAUCCUCGCCGACUGCUCUCCAGACAGCACCCUGCCCCUGGCUGACGGUGUGUUGGGCUUCAUCCAGCACCAGCUAGUGGAGCUGGCCAGAGACUGCCUGGACAAGUCCCAGAUGGGCCAGGUCACCUCGCGCUACUUCAUGGAGCUGCAGGAGAAACUGGAGAAACUACUGCAUGAGGCGUAUGAGCGGUCAGACAGUGAGGAAGUGACCGUCAUCAUCAAGCUAGUGAAGAAGAUUCUCAUCAUUAUCUCCAGGCCAGCCAGGUUACUGGAGUGUCUGGAGUUUAACCCAGAGGAGUUCUUGCACCGUCUGGAGGCAGCAGAGGACCAUGCCAAGGUGGGCCAGGUCAUCAAGACGGACAUCCCCCGCUACAUCAUCAGCCAGCUGGGCCUCACCAGAGACCCUCUGGAAGACAUGGUCCAUCUGGAGCAGACCUGCCCUGGUCACGGAGCGGCCUGCAGAGACGGUGACGACAAUGGGGAGAACCGAGCAGCCUGCGCUCCUUCUCGCAGGAAACCAGUUGAGAGCGACUUUGACACCCUCAAGCUCAUCAGUAACGGGGCCUAUGGUGCUGUGUUUCUGGUGAGGCACAGGGAGACCCGGCAGCGUUUUGCCAUGAAGAAGAUCAACCGUCAGAACCUGAUGCUGAGGAACCAGAUCCAGCAGGUAUUUGUGGAGCGGGACAUCCUGACCUUCGCCGAGAACCCCUUCGUUGUCUCCAUGUUCUGCUCCUUCGAGACUCGCAGACACCUCUGUAUGGUCAUGGAGUAUGUAGAAGGUGGGGACUGUGCCAACCUGUUGAAAAACAUUGGCCCGCUGCCAGUGGACAUGACCAGGAUGUACUUUGCUGAGACUGUCUUGGCACUGGAGUACCUCCACAACUACGGCAUCGUACACAGAGACCUGAAACCUGACAAUUUGCUGAUCACGUCCAUGGGCCACAUCAAGCUGACUGACUUUGGGCUGUCCAAGAUCGGCCUGAUGAACAUGACCACCAACCUGUAUGAGGAACACAUUGAAAAGGACACAAGGGAGUUUAUAGACAAGCAGGUGUGUGGUACUCCGGAGUACAUCGCUCCAGAGGUGAUCCUGAGGCAGGGCUAUGGGAAGCCGGUGGACUGGUGGGCUAUGGGCAUCAUCCUCUAUGAGUUCCUGGUGGGCUGCGUGCCUUUCUUCGGAGACACACCCGAACAGCUCUUCGGACAGGUGGUCAAUGAUGACAUCAUCUGGCCUGAGGGGGAGGACGCCCUGCCUGCUGAUGCCCAGGACCUGAUCACCAGGCUGCUGAGGCAAAGCCCUCUGGACCGCCUCGGGACUGGGGGGACACCAGAGGUCAAGAUGCACAUGUUCUUUGUGGGUCUGGACUGGAACGGACUGUUACGACAGAAAGCAGAGUUUAUCCCCCAACUGGAGACUGAGGACGACACCAGCUACUUUGACACCCGAUCUGAGCGGUACAGUCACCUGGGCUCAGAUGAUGAUGACGAUGAUGAGACCUGUGAUGAAGACACGUCCCUGGAGCUCAAGCAGUUCUCCUCUGUGGCACAUCGCUUUAGCAAGGUGUACAGCAGCACGGAGCACCUGUCCACCUCCACGCCAUCCAAUCGUAGCCUGUCGUCGUCAGAGCGCAGCCACAGUGAGGAGAAGGUAGGGAGGUGGGAGGGGAGGAGUUUCCUCUCCCCAGAAGAAGGACACAAAAAGGGGGCGUCCUCUAGCCUGCGUCCCAGGGCCUCCUCCGGUUCGUCCCAGUCAGAGAGGAGUGUCAGUCCGCUGGUGAUGAACAGCACCCAGAGCCUGGACACCAUGCCACGCUUCACCAUCUCAGCUGAGGAAGAGGAUGGCGUCGUGUCCAACUUGCGGCGUAUCCGUCUCCGUAGUAACAGCACGGGUACGCGGCCCUCCUACAGGCGCGGGGGGUCCCGCCGCUUUGGGCACCAGCUGGACACCCCCGAGAAGCCCAGGUCACCCGCGGGCUGCAUGGUCCCCAAGUCUGCCUCCGUCUCUGGCCUGUCCCUCAUCAUCACCCCAGACACUGCGGACGGUGCCCCCGCCAGCCCCAAGUCGUCCCUGUCCUCCAACCCCUCGUCCCGGGACUCGUCCCCCAGCCGAGGGGACCUGUCCCUCAGUAGCCUGCGCCCCCCCAUGGUCAUCCACAGCUCUGGGAAGAGGUUUGGCUUCGCCCUGCGAGCCAUCCGUGUCUACAUGGGUGACUCAGACGUCUACACCGUGCACCACAGGGUCUGGUGUGUGGAGGAGGACACCCCGGCUCAUGAGGCAGGGCUGAGAGCCGGUGACCUCAUCACCCACGUGAAUGGAGAGUCGGUCCAGGGGCUUGUGCACACUGAGGUGGUGGAGCUGCUGCUCAAGAGUGGCAAAAAGGUGAUGCUGCAGACCACGGCCCUGGAAAACACCUCCAUCAAGGUGGGCCCAGCCAGGAAGACCAGCUACAAAAGCAAGAUGGCCCGACGCAGCAAGAAGAGCAAGAGGAAGGACGGCCAGGACAGUAGACGACGUAGCGUCUUGAGGAAGAUGGCCAAGCACAACCCUCCCAUGCAGAGCAGUCGCAGUUUCUCCUCCGGCUUACAGCAUUCAGUAUCCUCCAGUGACAGCUUGUCUGGCUCCCCCACCCAGAGCCUCUCGCCUGGGCCCAGCACACCCUGCCCCUCCCCCGACCAGUCUGGAGACUCCAACUCCCCCCAGAGCUCUUCUCCCUGCUCCAGCUCUCCCAACUCCCCCGUCCCCCAGGCCCGUCCCAGCUCCCUCCAGGUCCUAGGCCGCUACACCAAGGCAGGCCGCUGCAAGUCCACCAGCAGCAUCCCCCCCUCCCCGCUGGCCUGUAUCCCCCCUCCGCAGGCCCUUUCCUCCCAGUGCUCUCCGUCCUCCCUCCCUGGCCUGUCCAAGGGCCUCCACGGCAAGACCCUGUCCCCUCCCACCGUUGCCCGCCACUCUGUCCGCCCGCGCAGUGCCGAGCCGCCCCGCUCUCCCCUCCUCAAGAGGGUGCAGUCGGCUGAGAAGCUCUCAGGGGUGUACCACGGUGACAAGAAGGCCUACGCCACCCGCCGACACACCAUGGAGGUACCCCUGUCGGAGGGGGAGGGGCUAGAGGCCCUGGAUACGGCCAGAGGGUUUGUCUGUGUGGGGGAACAACAUGGCCGCCAGGGCCUGUAUCUGGGCGGUCAGAGAAUCCACAGGGAGUCGACAAGCAGCGACCACCGCAGUGACCACUGCUCCAAGGAGUUGGUGAUGAGGAAACUGGCCCUGUCCGAGAGGAGGGACUCCUUUAAGAAGCAGAAGGCGGUGCAGGAGGUGAGCUUUGACGACCCGGAUGAGAAGGAGCAAAGACCCACCCUCCCCGUCAGGCAGCCGCGGUUUAAGGCAUCGUGGAUUAACUUGGCUCAGUCCGACUGGAGCCUGGAGGCUGCGGGGCAAGGAACACAGGGUACAGCAGCACAGAAAUCCAAACCAAAAGAGAGGGAGGGGUUUUAGCCUAGCGUUGCUCCAAAAAGGUGAAAGGUAGAGUCUUUCUCAAGACAGCAAGACUCUAGACUAAGGUUACAUACUCUCUUACCGACUACUGUACAGUAUAUGAAGGGCUUGCAUGUUUAUCUGCAAGUAUAUACUCAAGUUGUGCCAAUCGAGGCAACCGGAGGGAGAGAAGAACAAAAAUAAAGUUGUUACAUGGUCGAGUUAACGUUACAGUCCGCAUCCUACCACACUAAACACAAACUUUUGAGUGCCAAAAUUUACAUCCUAUUUUUGGUUUCCCCCUCCUUCCCCCUUUGGGUUUUAGGUUCACUGUAACAUGUUUGUACCUUGUAAAUAUGUUUUUUUUUUUUACUGAAAUAACCUAUACAUGACUUUUUAAUGUUUAUUUUAUUUCAUGGCUGAAUAUGACGUCAUGUAUUGGCCCUUUUUGUGUAAAUUGUACACAUUAGGUGCAGCCAUUCUGUUGUGUGAAUUGAUAGGGACUUGAGGAAACUAAAUUAAGAACAAAUGUUUUAGAUAUGGAGACAGAGGAUGAAGCAAUUUUUUUGUCCAUUAUCUCUUAAAUUUUAAAUUGGGUAACAUUUUAUUAGUAUUCCAAACGUGUUUAAUUUUUUGGAAAAUGGCUGCUGAUUUUUGUCUGAUCAAAAAUGGCCUUUCAAACGUAUGUUGAAUGCUUAUGUACUUAUUGUGUCCAAGCCCUUUUAAUUCAGUGCUGUCUUUUAACACACUAGAACAAUAAUGUGUUGGAUAGUUCCCUCAUGCCAAAGCAUGGAUUUCUCAUAGGAACCCUUCUAAAAAAAGAGGUAGUGUACAUAUGAGGCUUCAGGAAUGGGGCCCUGCUGCCAUGCCCUGUCAAUCAUCCGUGAAGUCAUCAAAUGGAUUCCACCAAUUCUCUCAUUGGUUUAAAUCUCAAAAUGAUUGACAGGACACAAAAUAAAUUAAGCUAAGUUCUACCUUUUGAUACUAGAUUGUUGGCGAUCCUGCAAUGCCGUACUUUCCUGCUCGUUGAAGCAAGCUACCCUACAAUCUAAUUUAGCAGGAGAGCGUUUGGACAGGUUAGGCAUUUCCUCAACGCAGUUCUCGUUAAUUUUCAGAACCCUGGUUUAAGAAUCGUACAGUGUAUGUAGGAACUGGCUCUCUUUGCUGUUUUUAACCAUGUUAUAUGAAUGUUUACAUUUUUUGGGGUCAAGUAUACUGUAUUUGAAGUUUUUCCAUCUGCUGUUAAAUUAUUACAACAAAUGAUGGGAAACAGCAGGAUUCCAACAGAAGCCCUGAAGGACAAAUAAAUUGAAAUGUUUUUUUUUGUAUAUUUUGACAUGGAAGCAGUCUUGUUGUAUUGCUGAUUCGCCUAUGCUAUUCACACACACCGUAACUAAUCUAAACGGCAGUUGGCAAAAGUGACUUUUUGGGGGGUAGAACAGCAGACUUGAUAGAAUGACAGUGGUUUGGUGAGAGAUUUGAAGAUGGUUUUGCUCUGAACUUUGUAUACUCUCAUUGGCACAUUGUUUUCUUCUGCAACUAUGGAAUUAACAACCAAAAUGCUUCCACUCUUGGUUAUUUCAAAUAAGCUGUAAUAUCAGGAUGAACUGUCAGGUGAUGUUAGGAACAUGUGUUUCACUGUUUGCUUUGACUAUGGGAAUAUUGACAGAGUUAAAAUAAUUUAGCACCAACUAAUACUUGAACAACUGGAACGAGAUAGGAUAGCGCAAGGUCAAACCUAAAACUUAUCUACUUGUUUUAUUACCCAACAUUGUUUACUUAAUUAGUACUUGAAACGUGUGUGUUUCUUGAGGAUAUAAUCAAGUAAGUAAUUCAAUUCACAAUGGAUUUCCCAGAUCUUGAUGAUGUCAAAAUGUGGUCCCUUUAUUGGAAAUACUGCAUCUUGCUACGGUGUCGUCAUACUAGACAUUUUUACUGAAUA